GAAGAAUAACAUUCACAUCGAAUGUAAUCAACAUUUUUUACUGACAACUGACAGCUAAAAUAACUGUUCUUUUUGUCUUUAAUUUAGGAAAUAUAUGUAGGACAAAUCACAAGAGAAAAAUGCCGGAGAAGCAAGAUGAUUGUGUUAGAGUAUGUGUAAGGUGUCGACCUUUAAAUGACACUGAAGUUAAACAGGGAUGUGUAAUGUGUGUGAAGGUUGAUGAAGUGAGAGGAUCCAUUGAAGUGAACAUUCCUAACAGCCACCAUGGAGAGCCUCCCAAAAAAUUCACAUUUGAUAUGGUGUUUGGUCCAAAUUCAAAACAAGUGGACUUGUAUAAUCAAGCAGCCAGACCUAUUGUAGACUUUGUAUUGGAGGGAUACAAUGGAACUAUAUUUGCCUAUGGUCAGACUGGUACCGGGAAGACUUUCACUAUGGAAGGUGUUAGAGCAGUACCAGAAUUAAGAGGAAUAAUACCUAAUUCUUUUGCUCAUAUAUUUGGUAAAAUUGCAAAAGCAGAGGGAGACACAAGAUUUUUAGUAAGGGUGUCAUAUUUGGAAAUCUACAAUGAAGAGGUCAGAGAUCUGCUACAUAAAGACCAAAAUCAGAGAUUGGAAGUAAAAGAGAGACCAGAUGUAGGUGUUUAUGUCAAAGAUUUAUCUGCAUUUGCUGUAAAUAAUGCAGAUGACAUGGACAGAAUAAUGACAUUGGGAAAUAAAAAUCGUUCAGUUGGAGCUACCAAUAUGAAUCUUCACAGUUCUAGAUCCCAUGCUAUAUUUUCUGUUACUGUGGAAUGCAGUGAGAAAGGUCCUGAUGGCAAACAUCAUGUCAGAGCUGGCAAACUUCACUUAGUUGAUUUGGCUGGUUCAGAAAGACAAGCUAAAACUGGUGCUACAGGUCAAAGGUUAAAAGAGGCCACAAAAAUCAAUCUAUCUUUGUCAACCCUUGGUAAUGUAAUAUCCUCAUUGGUAGAUGGUAAAAGUACACAUAUACCAUACAGAAAUUCUAAAUUGACCAGACUGCUGCAGGAUUCAUUAGGAGGAAACUCUAAAACUGCUAUGAUAGCCAACAUAGGUCCAGCAGAUUAUAAUUUUGACGAAUCUAUCAGUUCUUUACGAUAUGCCAAUCGUGCCAAGAAUAUCAAGAACAAAGCUAAAAUUAAUGAAGAUCCUAAAGAUGCUUUACUUAGACAAUUUCAGAAAGAAAUUGAAGAACUUAGAAAACAGCUUGAAGAAGGAUCAGAUUAUGAGGGUGGAUCAGAGUCUGAGUCUGAGGAGGAAGUUGUAGGUGACGAUGGAGUUGUAAGACGUAGGAAGAAACAAAGAAGGAAAAAAAAGGAAGGUGGUAGUAAAGGAAACCAUAUAUCAAAAGAAAAGAUGUCAGAAAUACAGGCCAUUAUUGAAAAGGAUAGAAAGUUACUGGAACAGAAGAAAGACAUGGCUGAGGAAGAGAGAAAUAAAGUUAAGAAUGAACUAGAAUCUAGGGAGUCAGAACUUAAAAAAUACCAAGAAGAACAAGAACAACUUCAUCAGAAACUUGCAGCAAUAGAGAAAAAGUUGAUUGUUGGUGGUGAAAAUCUGUUAGAAAAAGCUGAAGAGCAAGAAAGAUUGUUAGAGGAAAGUGCAAAGGAAUUACAGGAGAGGAAAGAAAAGGAAGAGGAACUGAGAACAGCUUUAGAGGAGAAGGAGCAAGAAAGAUUAGACAUAGAAGAAAAAUACUCCAAUUUACAAGAAGAAAAAGCUGGAAAAACAAAAAAGUUAAAGAAAGUUUGGACCAUGUUAAUGCAAGCAAAAUCUGAGAUUGCAGAUUUACAGCAAGAACAUCAGAGAGAAAUGGAAGGUUUGUUAGAGAAUGUACGACAACUAAGUCGAGAGUUGAAAUUACAGAUGGUUGUUAUAGACAACUUCAUACCUCCAGAAUAUCAGGAAAUGAUAGAACAACAUGUCCAUUGGAAUGAUGACAUCGGAGAAUGGCAGCUUAAAUGUGUUGCAUACACGGGAAACAACAUGAUGAAAACACAACAAAAAGAUCAGGAUAAAAAUGAGUUAAAAGAGCCAGACUUGUCUAAUGUAUACCUAGCUUAUACUGCUGAAGGGGCAGCUGAAGCCAUGAAACCAAAAGCAGGCAAAUCUGGAAGACCUAAAUCUAGUAAACCAAAAUCUGCUAGACCUAAAAGUUCCAAAAAAUAUUGAAAAAAAAAUGUUUUGCUUGAAGGAAAAGAGACCAAUCCAAUCUUGAUGAACUGUUACAGUAACUUUACACCUUAGCUGCAGCCAUUGUUGUUAAGUUUAUUGCAUAUUUUGGACAGAUUGUUUAAUUAUUUAUCAAUCACAGGAGGUCAAACUUUAUUGAAUCAUAGAAUAAUUUGUAUUGGUCUUUUCUUUCUUACAUUUUAAAAGAAUAUGUAAUGCCAUUGACAUUACUGAAGGAGGCAGAUCAUAGCUUUUCCCGAACUUUUCUUGAUGUUGAUAAGACAGCAAAAUUGACUAUAUACAAGUAUUAUUGAAAAAAAAUGACAACAAGAGAAAUAAAAAUUUCCCUUGAAAUUUCUUGCACCAUAAGCUACAAUUGAAUUUCAUAUUUUGUCAAAAUUUGAACCUACUAACCUCAAUUAUUCAAUAUCACAGUGUUUCAACUGGUAUCUCUAUGAAUAAUCUCACAUGGUUAUGUACAGUUUGUUGGCAGGUAACUUUAUUUUAAGUUCAGUAAGGUUGUUUCUUUUUACGUUCAGUAUUGCACAAGAUGUUGCUAUAUGUGUUGAUCUGAAUGAGAAAUAGUAAUAAAAAAAAAAAAAAAAAAUAAGUUUCUUCUUUUCAAAUAGUCCAUGUGAAAAUAUUCUUUUGGUUUCAGACAUGAUAUGAUUCAUAAUAUGUAGUCUUUUUAUCUAUUGCAUGAAAUUUUAAAGUGCUUUGAAAGGUUGUGAUUUCUAAAUGUGAUAUGUAUAUGGGAAACGAAUUAGUUAAAUUAUUCAAGUAUGUGCGUUUGUGUGCAUGUGUGUGAGUGUAUUUGAGAGUAAUAAUAUAUUUGCAAAACUUGUAAUUCAUGUACAAUGUUGUCCACAUGACUGGGAACUGUAACUUAUAAACAGGCCUGGCUUCAUUUGUGAAUAUUGAUAUAGGUGUGCAUGGCAUUGUUUACAUCAAUGGUGUUUAGAAAGGCAUGUAUUUUGUACACAUAAUACUUCCAAAGAAUCAUCUUAAAUGACUUGAAGCUCAUACAGAAUUUCCAUCAAUUUAUGUUUUUAAAAUCCCAAAUUCACCAUGUUCAAGGUAUAUGCAAGACAGAUGACAAUGCAAAUGAAUGUCAAAAUUUUAUGACGUUGAUCAAUAUUUCUUCUGUGUCAUAUUUAAAGUAUAUUUUAUAGUUUAACAUGGGUUUAUUUUAAAAUGUUUGACAGUACAGUUAAAGGAAAAAUUGUGUUUCUCAAUUUUGUCAAGCUUACCUAACCUAGCAGUUGAAUUCAAAUGUUAUGUUUUUGUACAACUGUUCUUGAGUUGGAUUCAAAGUGCGAGUACAAAUUUUCUUGAUUGAAUUAUAGAACUUAUUACAGUGAUAUGAUGGUUGAUUUUCUGUAAACCUGCACCCAACAUUCACCCUCCUCCAUUUUACGAUUUAUAUUGAUUGCACUGGUUAGACUUAAUUUCUUUGUUUCUGUUAGAUUUUUCUUUAAAAAAAAACAUAUAAGUUUCAGAAGAUUAAGCUUGUCAAGUGUUUUAGAAUUAAAUGUUGUUAUGUUCUCUUUAUUUCAGCUGUAGAGGCUUUAUCUCUUCUCUUCAAUCAUUGAAGACCUGCUGAUAACUAAAUCCAUCCAUUUUUUUUAUUGUUAGUAUAUUUUUUUUUAUAUUUAUUCUUUGUAUACAUUAUUUUUUACAUUAUGAUUUACAAACAAAGUCUUUUUACAUGUUAUUAUUGUAAUUCUGUAGAUUUAUUCUAGACUUUUUGUUUUUCUUCUGUUUGUAUAAGAUUUCAUCCAUAUGUUAUUUUAGUCUGGUGAGAACAAGGCUGAUAACUUUCUAUAUUAGAAGAUGGUUGGAGUUCUAGACUUUCUUUUUUGCUAUUUUUUUAACCUUUAUGAUUAAAAGGGGGACAAAUAUGCUGUGACACAUGCAUGAAUGAAGUUGAGAGUAGUUUAAAGAUUUUCAAAUCUCAUAAAUAGUGUAAAAAGACACAAGUCAAGGCAGCAAACAAAAAGUAUGAUUGAUGAUUGAUUGAUUGAUUGGUGUUAAAUGCCACUUUCAGCACUAUUGUGCUAUUUCGUGGCGGUCAAUUUUUUUUGGUGUAGAAAGCCAGAGUGCUGAGAGAGAACCUCUGACCCUCGGUAGGAAAAUUGACAAUCCAAGAAUGGAGUCUAGCACACCUGCCACAUGCAUGAUUCAAACUCACAACCUCAGUAUUAACAGGCUAAUGAUACAGUACCUCGACUACUUAGACCAAUCGGCCAUCAAGGUGAUUCCCAUAUACCAGACUGCAAUUAUUACUUUAUUGACAAAAUGCUCUGUAAUCUCAGAGUUAAAAAAUAAAAUCUUUAUUUCUUUUGUUAUUUACUACAAGUGAAAUUUGAAUUUAUAAUAAUAUUAACUAAAAGUCAAAAUUGUGUAGAUUUUGCACCUCCUUAAGAAAAACUAAAUGUUUGUCUACAUCUUGUGCGAUUUUUAACAUAAUUUUAUAAUUGAAGGCUUUUCAUAGUUGGUUUAUUCCUUAUUUACAUAUUUUAUAUAACUUGCAAUUUCUUGAUAUAGAUGCCCUUCAAAUGAAAGCACUUAUACUUAUAUAUUUAAUGGUUUUUUUUUGUAAAAGAAUCUGUUCUAUAUUCAGAAACUAUAUUUCAACGAUCCCAGGACUAUAAAAAUUAAUUUUCCAUAUUAUUAUUUCAACUAAAGAUGAAAUAUAAUUUAUAAUCAGAGUAUAAUCAUACUACUUUUAAAAUACCAUUGAAUGUUCAUUAUUUGACCAAAAAUAGCAUAGCUGCCUCUGUGGGUUCUUUGUUGAAUGCUCACUGUGAGUGUGGGAGGUUGUGUGAUCAAUCUCUACCAGGAUUGAGCCGAACACUUUGCAUUGGCUGCUUUUCUGCCAUGCAUAAGGUGAAAGUCUGAAUAUUGUGUCAGACUAGGAUGAUGUUUACUUGCUGACUUUUACCUUUUGAGUUAGCAUGUCAACCUAUCAUAAAGUUUGAUCAAAUCAUAUCUGAUUUACAUAGUCUUGAAUAUGCAUAUAAUAUUUGAUGCAAAAUAUUAAGCACCCAUCAAUCAAUCAUGGGAAUGAUAAGUAAUAAAUAAUUGGACUAUUUAUCAGAUAAUUGAUUCUCAAUUGUUUCUUUCUAAGAGGUGUCCCAAUUAAAACAAACAUAUAGGAGUCCUUGUUAUUUAUUGGAUUAUAUUUUUUUUAAUUUCAAACUAUGAAUGAAUGUAAAUGUAAUUUCCUAAUACAUUGUAUAAUGGAAUUUAGUGUAAAAAAAUAUUUGUUCUCAAUUAAAAAAAAUUGUUGCACCUAUUGAAUGAAUAAUUUAAGUGCUGAACUCCAAAAUGGCUUAUGGUUUCAUAGUUGCAUUUUAGUUUCAGUAAUAGAAAAAAAACUGAAAACAAAAUUGUGUUUGAAAUCACACAAUGUUAUUGCUAAUUGCAAAUCUCAUUUUGGAUGUAAUGAUGAUUUAUAUUUUUUAUAAUAAAGCAGUUGUACUUUA